CAGGACCAACAAAAUUUCCUAUGGACCCACUUCAAGCAGAACUGCUGUGUGUGCUCUGUCUGGAAAUUAAAGGCUGAGAAAGGGGCUCCACUUGGUAUUGUGGAAGAUGUGGGUUUCACUCAUCAAACACUCAAAUCUAAAUUCCUCCAGGGCUUUGCUGAGUGCCAGAGAAAGCCCUUGAAGAGAGAGAUUUACACCAGCGUGCUGAUGCCAGAAUCAAACCCCGGAUUUACUACUCCCUAGCUCAGAGCAGAAAUGCUGAAGUACCACUCGAUCCCUCCUCCUCCUCCUGAACGAAUCUCUAUCCUCUGGUGUAUGAAAAAUGCAUUUCACCGCUCCACAUAAUAAUUCUUGUUGGGACUGAGCCGUGACGCCUCCCCCCAGUCCGGCUGAGCCGCCCGUGUGCUGCAGUGGUCGCCGAGGUCUGCCGAGGACGGCGGCGGCGGCAGCAGCAGCAGCACCAGCAGCUGUCCCUGUCCCUGCCGCCCGCUGAGUUCCCCUGCCCAUCCUACGGGAGCGGAGGACAGCGAGUCUCGCAGCCUGCAGGUGUCUCCCGGCGGAGGAGGCUGCGGAGCCCCUUGGGAUCAUGUGUGGUACCCGAGCAGAUGUUCACUUGCUCCCGGUGCUCUGUGCGAGGCAGACCCUCUGCGAUCCCCUCAGCGCUCUGAAGCUCCCCGGCUCCAAGAGGACGGCCACGCUCCCGCUCCUGCAGCUGCUCCUUUAACGUACAAAGGCAGGAUUUCAAGUGAGGGGAAGAAUGGGAGUCUGGCUGCAGCGUUUCCUUCACCGCUACAACAGCAGACUGGAAGAAGCUGAGAGUUUUGGUGCCUGGACAACCGGAUUCUGAAUCGUGAGAGGCUUUGAAACCCCCCCCUCUCCCAAAUAAAACAAACCCCUUUGACUUCUUCUCUCAGCAGGAGGGGGAGGGAGGGCGGAUUUACCAUGAAGACAAAUCGAAGAUGCAGAGCCCUGCUAGCAGUGAGUCUGAAUCUGAUGGCUCUCCUCUUCUCUACAACAGCUUUUAUCACGACCCACUGGUGUGAGGGCACACAGAGGGUCCCCAAGCCGAGCUGUGGGAAAGAGAAGAAGACAAACUGCCUCAACUACGGAGGGAAUGAGACUGCAAAUGAGACGAACCAAAAUGUGGUUCAUUACAGCUGGGAGACGGGAGAUGACCGCUUCCUUUUCAGGUAUUUCCACACCGGGAUCUGGUACUCCUGUGAGGAAAAUAUCAAUGCUGCUGGUGAGAAGUGUCGAAGUUUUAUUGACCUUGCCCCGGCUUCUGAAAAAGGUGUCCUGUGGUUAUCAGUAGUAUCUGAGGUGUUGUACAUCAUGCUGUUAGUCGUCGGGUUCAGCCUUAUGUGCCUCGAGCUCUUUCAUUCAAGCAGUGUGAUAGAUGGGCUCAAGUUAAAUGCCUUUGCUGCUGUCUUCACUGUGCUUUCAGGUCUGUUGGGGAUGGUGGCACACAUGAUGUAUACUCAAGUUUUCCAAGUGACAGUCAGCCUUGGGCCAGAGGACUGGCGACCACAUUCAUGGGACUAUGGAUGGUCCUUCUGUCUGGCCUGGGGCUCUUUCACCUGCUGCAUGGCAGCCUCUGUCACCACCCUGAACUCCUACACUAAGACUGUCAUCGAGUUCAGGCACAAGCGCAAAAUCUUCGAGCAGGGCUUUCGAGAAGAGCAGAACUUCCUAGACCAGGAGGCCAUCAAGUACUUCAGAGAAAGGGCUGAGGAGGAGAGGGCUGAGGCUGGGGACCUGAGGUUACAGUGCCUCCAUAGCUGCUCCCCAAAUAGAAAGAUGUGUGCAGUUUCAUGCAUCUAUUUCCUUGGAAAGAAAGCAAGUGAUCCUUCAUUCAGCGGGAGGGAGACUUGGGACAGUGACUUGCUGACUCUGCGCUCUUAAAAUUUGGAAACCUCCUGGCAUUUUUUGCUGCCUCUGUCUUGCUGAGAUGCACAUCUCAGCCACGUACUCGUGGAAGCUUGGUGUCUGUAACCCUAAUCACUGAGGGUCCUGGUCCCUCCCCAGACCUGCUGGAACUGCUCUCCAGUCCCAUGUCACUGCAGGGGGGUCUCCCCACAGGCAUGAUAGUGCUGGCGCUGCUCUCCAGCUUGGUUUGUCAUCAGCUCACUUGGUAACUCCUGCUCCUUGAAAAUGUCGUGUCAGUUAUGGACCUUUCCACAGGCAGGAAAUCCACAUCCCUCAUUUCCACAGGCCUGAACGUGUCUAUUGGUACAAAAUUGAUUCUGGGUCAUGUUUCCUGAGAAAAUUCCCCACCUGCCAAGCUACUGGCGGGUGCUCAAAUGUGCGUUUUUUAUUAUUGAAGCCUGUCCAAAGGUCCUUGUUUCAAAGAACAAAUAACAAGUCUUGACAUUAGGUGUUCCAAGGAAUAGGAACAAGGCUCUUGUUGGUCCUACACCCAGCCCUGCCCCAGUGCUUCAAUUCCAAAGGACACAGAGUUUUACCCCCACAGUGCUGACAGCGCUGGGAAAACAAACUGCAAAGGAGAAGCCCAGUGUCAGGGUAAAGAACAGUGGCCAUUCUUCAAUAUUUCAUCAGUCUCAGCUUCACAUCUGUUACCCACUGUAAUGAAAUCAGAUCAAUAUUAAUGAAGUGACAGGAGUGAAGUUCUGCUCUCAGUUCACAGUUUACUUAUGAAUCCAAUAUAAGCUGCAGAAUCUUCAUUAUUCAUGCUUAUUAGGGAGGAAAAAAACAUUAAUUACUGCUGCUCUGGAUGACACAAAUCCUCACAACUCUCAGAAGAACAUCUCCUUCCUUGAACAAGUCCAUCAAGCCUGCACCUGAUCCGAGGAUUCUCCUUGAUGCCAUUUCUGGCUUCACACACUCCCACUCUGCCACAUCAACCAUGCAAUGGGCUCGUGGCCAGCAGAGAAUUGGUAAGAGCAAGAGAAGGAUGUGAGAAGCACUUGGCUAAAGGCAGAGCAGCCACAGAGGUUCCACUGGCUCCCCUGUUUCCUGGGGUCUGCUUGGAUGGAAGAAGGGGACACCCAGAACAGGCCAAGUCCUCACCACUGCCUGGUCACAUCACCACCCACAUGCCACUAACAGAGCAAAUGCCAGCAGAUCACUCUGAGCACUCCAUGAACACUUCCCAGAGAGGUGAUCCCAAGCCAGCAGGACACCAGGAUGCACCACCUGAAGUUAUUCCUGCUGCUCACUUCAACCAGCGUUUCAUUCCCUGGAGGACUUGCCAGCUGCCCUCACUUAGAAGUGCCCUGAGGAUGUUCUGAUUCGAACCAAACGGCAGAUAAGGAGUAUCUGCUCGUGCUCAGACAUCAUUACUCUUUCUGUCCUCCCACAAAGACAAACCAGGGCAUCUGUCCUUGUUGAGAGGCAAGGGUUUGGGGGAGUGUCACUGAGGAGUGAAACCUUUACAGAAAAGAACACGACUGAGUGACUGUAGAAGACAAAUGCCAUCACAGCCAGCUGAUUUUGGAAGAGACAGUGUUAAAGUUAUUGAGCAGCCCAGGAGCACUGUGGGAGCACAGGUAGCAUGAAGGGCCUUAUGCCAGGGCAGGAUAUCAGGUUCCUCUGUUGGCAAGACAAAGCUUUCUGCUUUGAGAAGUGACCUUAUAUUAUAAAUGUCAUCAGAAUCUUGAUCCCAGGGGAGUCUUGAGCAGGACAACCAUUCAGUCUUGAUAUUUCUCUAUUAAAACAUUUAAUGUUCACCACUAAACUAUAAUUUUCCUUUACCAGGGUUAAAAAAACCCACAUUUUAUUUCCUUUAAACCCCUUUAACAGGGUUUAAACUUGCCUGAGCUGGGCUAAGAACAGCACCAGGGAGCUCUAGGUAUAACUUGGCAUCCUCUGCUCUCACCAAGCCACCUUCCUGUGCAAACAUAUGGCACUGGCCCCUAUACAUCUGAUAUCCUUGGUCAUGAUUUGCUCACACCAAAUUUAGCACUUCCACUGCAAAGCCCUAAACACCCUUAAAGUCUCUUUGCUGUCAUUUUGAUGUUUCAACUGUUUCCUUCAGAUGUGCAGGGUUGGGAGAUCUCAAUGAUUCCAGCUGUGCACAGUCACCGCACAAAAAGGAUUGAAGGAGAGAGUUCAAAUCAGGAUUUUUUUUUCUGUUGUUGCACAGUUAUUUAUUGCCCAGAAAUGCUCACUAUUAUCAGGCUCCAGACAGCAGUAGUACCUGAUUUCAGGCAUCUGUAUGUCCAUGCCACUUCCACCCUCUCCUCCAGUGCUGUCCCACCAUGAGGCAUUAAUAGGAUGAGCCUGGAACCCACAGGGCAGAUGGGAGAGGUGCAGAUGGUGGAUGUAGAACAAGGGGUAGGUAAGAGAAAGGCAGGAGAAAUGUCACAAGGGGCAAGGAGGGACAGGUGUGGUGGCAAAGCUAAAGAAGAGACAGGGAGCCCAGAGGAGCCAAGAGCUGAGCAGGAAACAGCAUAUUCCUCCUGUCUGUGGCUAAAAGCCUUGGUGUUAUCCGAGGCAGAUAAACCCAGGGUUCAGGACACCAGCCUCUCUUGUAGAAAAGUGAAAGAUUAUUCAGAAUUAAUUCAGUGUCAAAAAAAUAAUAUAGUCACUGUUUUGGCAGCGUGGGCAUUUUGGGAGGGUCACCUGACAAAGAGGAGGCCUUGAAAAAGAUAGUUUUAUUCUCAUAUCAUCACCCUGUAGGCAUUUCCCCUGAGUCCAUCCCACAGCUCCUCUACCAUCCUCCCACCCCGACUGUCUACAGCAAGAUUUAUGCAACCAGCCCCUCAGAGCUUCACUCUAGAGCAUAGUGUGAUUUUUUCCUAUUCAGACAAGUUCACCAGAAGAACUCCAGACUUGAAAC